CACAAUAAAGAAAAAUAUAUUGUCUAUAAGAACUCAACAAGUAGCAAAGUAUUAACAAUCUCAGAAUCAGAAGCCAAGCAAACACAGUCAGUGAUUCUGAAUUCUAAUGGAGCAAAGCAGAGGCCUGAGAUUGAUACUUCUCCCACUGCCAUUUCAAGGCCAUAUAAACCCCAUGCUAGAACUGGGCAACCUUCUUCACUCCAAAGGCUUUUCCAUAACCAUCGUCCACACCAAGUUCAACUCUCUCAAUCCUUCAAGCCACCCACACUUCCCCUUCCACUCAAUCCCUGUCGACGUAUCUGAAUCUGAGGCCUCCAUAAAGGAAGCUGGCCGUCUUCUUUCUCUUAUAGACGCUAAAUGUGUUGAGCCUUUCAGGGAAUGCUUGGCUACCUUGUUAUCCGAUGCGGAGGACCCUGUUGCUUGCUUGAUCUCAGAUUCUCACCUUCACUUCACUCCAUCAGUUGCAGAGAGCUUUGAGCUCCCAAGGAUUCUGUUAAGGACUGGGGGCGCCGCUUCCUUGGCUGUUUUUGCUGCUUUUCCACUUUUGAAGGAAAAGGGUUACCUCCCAAUACAAGAUUCUCGACUAGAAGAGCCAGUGACAGAGCUGUCACCAUUCAAAGUUAAAGACCUGCCCAGAAUGGACACUUGUGACCCUGAGCUUAUUUACCAACUGAUAAAUGAACCUAAGGCCUCAUCUGGACUCAUUUUCAACACUUUCGAAGACCUUGAACAACAUGCACUUGCCACACUUCGCCAAGAUUCUUACCCCAAUAUUCCAAUUUUCCCAAUAGGCCCAUUUCACAAGUGUGACUCUGCAGCAUCCUCUUCUUCAAUUGGCUUAUUAACAGAAGACCAGAGUUGCAUUUCAUGGCUAAACACUCAAGCACCGAAAUCUGUUGUGUAUGUUAGCUUUGGGAGCCUUGCUGCAGUAAAAGAAGCUCAGUUUUUGGAGAUAGCUUGGGGACUAGCCAACAGCAACCACCCAUUCUUGUGGGUGGUUCGACCCGGAUUAGUCCAUGGAUCAGAACCAUUGCCUGAUGGGUUUCUUGAGAGUUUGAAUGGGAGGGGCCACAUUGUGAAAUGGGCUCCACAGAAACAAGUACUGGCUCAUCCAGCAGUUGGAGCCUUUUGGACUCACAAUGGUUGGAAUUCUACAUUGGAGAGUGUUUGUGAGGGGGUCCCUAUGAUUUGCAUGCCAUGUGUCAGUGAUCAAAUGGCCAAUGCAAGAUAUGUGAGCCAUGUUUGGAAGGUUGGGGUGCAGAUAGAGCAUGGGAUUGAGAGAGCAGAGAUUGAAAGAACCAUUAAUUUGUUAAUGGUGGAGAAAGAAGGGGAAGAGAUCAGAGACAGAGCAUUGAAGUUGAUGGAGAAGGCAAAUCUUUGCCUCAAAGAAGGUGGCUCUUCGUCCCAAUCUUUGGAUGGAUUGAUUAAACAUAUUUUAUCAAUAAAAUCCUUUGCUUUUGGAAAGCAGAGUGAGUGAUCCCUUGUUUUUGAAACCCCUUCAAUUAAAUCAUGAAUUUUUAUGUAUGUGUCCUUGUAUUUCAAAACCAGAAGCGAACAGCAAACAGAUUAAAGAGAGGUAGUGAUGGAUGAAGCAUUUGAUUGUGGAACUUUUAUUACCUCUGUAUGCACAUGGAAACAUACAUCACACGCAAGAGCAGAUCAAAGACACAAAGGGUUUCAACUUGAGAGACAGAACUUGAUCAACUUGCAGCUAGAAGGAUCAAUAAUGAUCCAAAACGGCAUUUCCCUCCAAAACAACUACCUACGCAUUUCUACGGUUUCCAAUUGAAGCAUGCAAGGAAAAACCAGAUCAGUUUGCAAACAGAAAUCCGGGACUACUUCAACAUGAAAGGAAAAACCAUAUCAUUUUGCAAACACAUCGUUUAGUACAUGAGUUAUAGGUAACAAUUUUUAUUUUUGUUCACCCUAUGGCAUAGGUAUAUUACAUACUCUUGUAGAUAUAUAUAUAUUUUUCAUACUCUUGUAGAAAUCUUAUGGUGUAGGUAUUUUGUUC